CCACAUUCAAAUACCAACCAAUCCCCUCUUUCAAGCGCUCACACCUCUCUCUCUCUCUCUCUCCUUUUUUUCAACCCAAAAAUGAAAUGAACUAAAAAAGAAAGCCUCCUCCUCCUCCUCCUUCUUUGAAAACCCGUUUUAAAUUGUUAAGGAGAUUUGUUGUUUCAGCUGUUGAAACCCAAAGGCAGCAGCAGACAGCUGCUCAACUUCAGCAAUGGUAGCAGAAACUUGGAUACUUAAAAUGGGAAACCAGGUAAGUUCCAAUCUUAAACAUGCCCUUCUUCUCGAGCCUUCUUCCAAAAAAAAGAACACCCAAAACAAACCAACACCAAAAAAACAUGAGACCAUUGGAAUCUUGUCUUUCGAAGUUGCCAAUGUCAUGUCCAAAACCGUUCAUCUCCACAAAUCCCUGUCCGAAUCCGAGAUCUCUAAGCUCAAAUCCGAGAUCUUAAAGUCCCAAGGCAUUUCCAACUUAAUUUCUUCUGAUGAGAAUUACCUUCUUACCCUUGCUUUAGCUGAAAGGCUUGAUGACUUAAACAAGGUUGCCAAUGUUGUCUCUAGACUAGGCAAAAAAUGUAACGAACCAGCUUUACAAGGAUUUGAGCAUGUUUAUGGAGAUAUUUUGAAUGGGGUUAUUGAUGUUAGAGAAUUAGGAUUUUUAGUUAAAGAUAUGGAAGGAAUGGUUAGGAAAAUGGAAAGGUAUGUUAGUUCGACUGCGAAUUUGUAUAAUGAAAUGGAGGUCCUGAAUGAAUUAGAACAAGCUACUAAGAAGUUUCAAGCAAACCCACAUGAGGAAAGUAAGAGAGCUUUUGAGCAAAAAUUGAUUUGGCAGAAACAAGAUGUUAGGCAUCUUAAGGAUGCUUCACUUUGGAACCAAACGUUUGAUAAGGUUGUUGAGUUGUUGGCUAGGACCGUUUGUACUAUUUUUGCUAGGAUUCUUGUUGCCUUUGGGGAGUCUGCUUUGAGAAAGGAUAGUGAAUGUGGGUGGGCUUUGGGGGGGAGGGCUAAUGGGGGUUGUUAUGAUCGAGAUGAAGUUGUUUCAAGGCAGUUUAAACGGGUUUUUAGUAAGAGUAGCAGUGUUGGGAGUGGUCAGCGUGGGAAUGUAGAGAGGGGUGUGAUGGAGAAAAGGGGAGCAAGUAUGAAGCAUCGGGGGAUUGAUUCUCAAAAGGGUGAAGCUGGGUUGUUUCGGGUGGAGGAUUUUGGUUUUCUUUGUGGGACUAGUCCCGCUAGGCUUUUCACAGAUUGCCUUAGUUUGAGUAGUUCAAUUUCAAGGUAUGAUGAUAGUGAUGAUGGGAACGUUGAUCAUGAUGACCGAAGUAGCCAGAUGUCAGGUUGUUGUACUGUUGCAAAUGAUGGGAUGAAGAGAGAUAGGCCGAAUUGCUCUCCUCCCUUUUGUCGGCCCCAACAUAAUGUCCCUUUGAAUGGAGAUCAAAGACAAUCCAAGUGUGGUGUGUUGAAUAAUGCACAAUUUGGUCCUAAAAGUAGGUUAGCAGCGUUUGCUUCACCCUCCACUGUGGGAGGCUCUGCUCUUGCCUUGCAUUAUGCUAAUGUAAUAAUUGUCAUUGAGAAGUUGCUGCGCUACCCUCAUUUGGUUGGUGAAGAAGCUAGAGACGAUUUGUAUCAGAUGUUGCCUACAAGUUUGAGACUGUCUCUGAGGACUAAUCUCAAGUCAUAUGUCAAGAAUUUGGCUAUAUAUGAUGCUCCAUUGGCUCACGAUUGGAAAGAAACUCUCGAUGGGAUAUUGAGGUGGCUUGCCCCAUUGGCACAUAACAUGAUCCGAUGGCAAAGUGAGCGGAAUUUUGAGCAGCAGCAAAUUGUUACUCGGACAAAUGUUCUUCUUCUCCAGACGUUGUAUUUUGCUGAUAGGGAAAAGACCGAAGCAGCUAUCUGUGAGCUUCUUGUUGGGUUGAAUUAUAUAUGUCGUUAUGAGCAUCAGCAAAAUGCGCUGUUGGAUUGUGCAAGCAGUUUUGAUUUUGAGGACUGCAUGGAGUGGCAAUUGCAAUAUGGAAAUUCUUAUCUUAAUUGAUUACAUUGUUUAAAUCUUAUGAAUGCCUGUAGAGAUUUGUGGAUUUUUUUUUUUCUUGAUCCUUAUAGUCAUGUGAAGACACAGAUAAGGUUCAACAAGAUGUUAAUAUCUGAGUUACGCAUGGAAAGGCUUUUCCUAAUCAAAGGUUGGAGUUUUUUAAUGUAUUUAGUUUUGAAGGUAUGGGAAGUCUUUCUUCUGAAGUAUAUAAUUUUAAUUAAUUUAUAAAAAGAAGUAUUUUCCUUCUCUAUAGAUUGUGUUU